AUGACUGAGCUUUUGCAGCUCUGGAUGUUGGAGGCCAUCGCUCUUAGGUUGGAGGCCAUUGCUCUGAGGUUGGAGGCCAUUGCUCUGAGGUUGGAGGCCAUCGCUCGUAGGUUGGAGGCCAUCGCUCUUGGGUUGGAGGCCAUCGCUGGUAGGUUGGAGGCCAUUGCUGUGAGGUUGGAGGCCAUCGCUCUUAGGUUGGAGGCCAUUGCCAGUGUCCAGUGUCCCACUAGAGUUUUCUACAGAGCGUCCCACAAGAGUGCCCACGAGAGUGUCCCACAAGAGUGUCAAACAAAGUUUUGCCGUUUGUUUUCGAGUUCGUUACAUGUUUAA